AUGGAGACAGAGGAAACUGUUGAAGCAGGAAUUGCUGGUGAGAGCGUUGAAGAGACGUCCACUGUGGAUGCAAGCUCGUUAAUUGUAGCAGAAAGUCAAGGUGGCGGUCAGCAGGUGACAGAGGUAGUGCAAGCCAGUGGAGAGGUGGAGAUGGCAACAGUGGAGCUGAGUCUUGCUAACGGCGCUUCAGGGCACUCUCACGACGCGUCUUCUGCUCUACAAGCGGCAGUGGAAGCCCUAGUUUCCGCUAGUCAGCAUCAGUUAGCUGGAGCACAAGAACCCAUGGAGGAAGGCGAGGCUUCUGCAGGCAAGGAAAUCUUCGAGGGUGUGACAUCCCAGGAUGCCGAGGGAGCUGCUGCACUUAUGGCGGUCUAUGUACCUGAAGUGAAGCCUACUGAAGUUAAUCUACAGGUGGAGUAUGUACAGACGACUACUGAAGGAGACCAGGAAAUGACGACAACUACAGCAGCAGCCACAGAAGAUGAAAGUUAA